UGCCGCAGACUACGCACAAGGAUAUACACCCGCAGUUCCUCUCUCAUUUUCAUACGCUGCGCACUUUGCUGUCGAGCUUUGCACUGCUUUCAAAGAUAUCUCAAGAUAUUUUGUUUUAGCCAUGGCCAAUUAUAUUCACGUACCAGACGAGGCACCUGCUGUGCCUAAAAUAGACGUGACAGUUGACGAGAGCGACUGCAGAGCCGGUGCACUGCAGCUAAUGAGGGAACUGAGACCGAGCUGGAAGCCGUCCGAGGUCAAAAUUAAGUUUUUCACAGAUGGAAUAACCAAUAAACUACUUGGCUGCUACAUUGGUGCAGUCAUGCAGGAUGUGGUACUGGUCCGUAUUUAUGGCAACAAAACAGAACUUCUGGUCGAUCGGGAGAAUGAGGUGAAAAGUUUCAGAGUGCUACAUGCGCAUCGCUGUGCUCCGCGCCUUUAUUGUACCUUCAACAAUGGUCUCUGCUAUGAAUUUCUGCAAGGAACUGCUCUUGAGCCUGAGCACAUUCGCAGCCAACCAGUUUUCAGGCUCAUUGCCAGACAGUUGGGCAAGUAUCAUGCCAUCCAUGCCCAUAAUGGCUGGAUACCCCAGUCUGACCUGUGGCUGAAGAUGGGGAAGUACUUUACUCUCAUCUCCCAGUACUACAAGGAGCCUGAGCAAAAUGACAGGUUGAGUAUGGAGGUUCCCAGCCCACAGUGCCUCCGAAAAGAGCUGGUGUGGCUCCAGCAGAGCUUGUCUUUGCUGGGUUCCCCUGUUGUUCUCUGCCACAAUGACCUUCUCUGCAAAAACAUCAUCUACAAUCGAAGGGAGGGCAGUGUAAAGUUCAUUGACUACGAGUAUGCUGGGUACAAUUACCAAGCCUUUGACAUUGGGAAUCAUUUCAAUGAGUUUGCUGGCUUGAAUGAAGUGGACUAUAAACACUACCCAGAUCAGGACUUUCAACUACUGUGGCUGCGCUCGUACUUGGAGGCUUAUAAGGAGCACAAAGGGCAAGGUGGUCCAGUCACUGACAGAGAGGUGGAGAUUUUAUAUGUCCAAGUCAACAAAUUUGCUUUUGCUUCUCACUUCUUCUGGGGCCUCUGGGCUCUGAUUCAGGCCAAAUUCUCCACCAUUGACUUUGACUUCUUGGGAUAUGCAGUCUUGCGCUUCAACCAGUACUUCAAGAUGAAACCAGAGGCAACUGAGCUGAACUUACCUGAAUUAAAAAACCCCACCCCCUCGUCGUCACCUCUUCCUCCUGCUCUUUCUCCCAUCCAAGCUGCCCUCCCCCCUCACACGAUGAUUGCAGAGGGCCCUCUAGAGGUCUGUGUUGAGAAGAGCUAAACAUGACUCGUGCAGUUCCCAGCGUCCUUUUCUAGAAAGUCUGAACUGACUGCACAGACACCUUUUGAUAACCAAGAAAUCUGUAAUGAUGGUGUAUGUCAAGGACAGAUUUAAGAGCUGUUAUAAUGUGAUGCCCCCAAUGGCAAGAUUUACUGGACAUUUCUGUUGUACUAAUAUCAACUGGCAUUAGAUCUGCAUACUGUACUUACAAACGGCACAUCCAGUAGCCCAGAGUGUAAUCUAGUAAGCAGGUGACCCAAACACUAAUCUGAUUGCCUGGAGUUACUUUAUCUGAUAUGUAAAUUUUUAUGGGGGAAAACCCACAAACAGCCAGCCCAGUUAAAUACCAAAUUUAUUACAUAAAAUCAAUACAAAGUCUGCUUUGUUUGCUGAGGAACCAAGAUGGAAAAUGGAAGUAAAUGCCAACAUGAAGAGGCCAGUGCUGUCCUCAAAUCCCAUGUGAUACAAGCCACACCAUGCCAAAAAAACUUCUGGUCUGCCUUGUGACUCUGUUUCCACCCUCAUAUCACUUAGUAUAAUGUGCAGUGAUGGGUGUUUCCUCCAGAACAGCCAUGUACUAUUUUUGUUUUAAUUUUUCCCAGUGUAGUUGAGGGCUUUUGUAGUCAGGGUUAAAAUGGUAGAAACGUGUUGCAGGAGAGUGUCUUGUUUACUUCUGAUCUCUCCCUUGAGUUAGAGAUGUGUAACAUGGGAAAGCCAUUUGAUUUGUGGGAAAUUUUUAUUUAAAUGUAGAGUUAAUGUUGGUUUAGGCAUUUGGAUUUUUGUCUGUAUGUAACCUGGGGACAAAAAGUAAUCUCUGAAAUUUGGACAUUCCAUGUUCAUUAUAUUGUGCAGAGAAUAUGGUUGCACUCAGAUGGGAUAUCAACCGUGUUGGGGGAUUUAAUUCACAGCAACAUUAACUCUGAGCUGUUAUUGACAAGACCAAACUGUUAUAUUGUCUACUUUACUCCACAUUUGGGAAUCAUCUUUAUUAUUAGAUAGUGCUACAGUUCACUCCUGGUGAUCCAAGGAUGGAGUAAUUUACAAACUUUAUGUAGAGCACUCCUUAGUCACAGAAAAUCUGGCCUUGCUGGCUGUCAGAUUGCCAAGUCAGUCAAAUUGUUUUCAUUUUAAGUGCUGACUGUUGUAAUUAUGGUGUGGAAAAUGGGUGAUGACAUUGUGGUUAAAUAUGAAAAACACAUGGCAUUAAAACCAGCAUAAUGAGCAAGAUUGCAAUUUGAUGAAUAAUGACUUCUCACAGGCAUUUCUCUUGACCUUCAAAUGAAAAGUUUAAGGAGUCAAAGAAAACGGAGCUAAACAAAAAGUUUAUAACUUAGUUAUCUAGCAAGCCAACACCAAAGUGCUGACGUCUUGUUUGUUCCUUGUGCACAUUUAAUCCAUUUUGAAGCACAAAGAGAACUAGAAAAACUGUUGCAUCAGUUUCUUUUUUUUCUCUUUUUGUGUUGACAGUUUUUAUACCUAUUUAGAUGGAAGUAUGGUCUUCUGGAGUGUGUGAAUGUUUGAUUAAGCAAAAUAACUUGGAACUAGUGAAGCAAAGCUUUGCUUUUGUUUACUUUUAAAACAAAACAAAAAGCUCAGUAGAAAUCCUGACACUUCCUACACAAUUCUACACAAAAGAGCUUGUAUUUUGCUGCACGUGCCUGUGAAAGCACUUGUUUUAAACUUGGAGUAAUGACGUCUCACAAUGAAAACCUAAACGCUUGUCUUAUUUUUUUAAGUGGUUUAGAUUGAAGUAUUAAGAAGCAGUUUGAGCUGGAUUAACAUCAAUUAGAAGUGUUGGACUAAACGAAUGUAAAGAUCAGAAUGGUUUUGAUUGACUUACUUUAGAGUGUAUGGUUGAGACCCUAACCAUGUUUAAACAAAACAUACCUACUGUCACAUAGUUUCUUAAAUUUAAUUUCUGUAUUUCAAUAGUUACUAUGUUAAAAAUGUUUCAUAUCUUUUUUUUUUUAUUAUUAUUUAUCUUUUUUACAUCCACUUGGAGCAAAACUGCAUUUUGACUGAGAUGCUUUUAUUUAACUUGAUAUUUUUUUUCAUGACUGUUGCAUCACUGUAACAUAUGUUUAUAUGAACAGUAAGCAAAUGUAAUAAUGCUCAUGUUUAUGUGAAUUAAUGUACAUAGAGGAAGUUCUUUCAUUUGUUAUUUUUCUAAAAGGUGUAAGAGGUCAAAUUAGAAAAAUUAGUAAAUGUGCUUUGAAAAAUA